CAAUUGUGAUAAUAGUAGUCGCUCGCGGGUUGUCGUAACAGGUAAUUUGAUCUUUAUACCAAGGCUUGUAUAACAUAGCGACUUUUAAGUUUCUUAAAAAUUGGCCAUUUUUUUUUAUUGUCGACAGUUGUACAACUUGGUUUGAAUUAUUUAACUAUCACAGUUGUAAACGCACAAAGGUCGUCUUAGAAUGAACGACUAAAUAUGGGCCAAAAUUGCUGUAAGCCUCCGUCAAUGUCUGUUACGACUUUGCAAACAGGAUUGUGCUGCCUGAAGCAGAACGUUGCUCAUUCCAAAUAUUCUCGACAUAUUGAGGAAAGCGAAGAUAGUUUACACCUUGUAAACGUUUUCGGUAAUACUUUAGAAUUGGACCCAGAAACUGACCAAGAACAUGGCGAAGAAAAAAUAAAUUUAUGGAUAGACGCAAACGCACCAAAUCUCGGUCUACCUGAAAGCGAUCUCGGUAUUAACCGUUUAAAAUGUGUGAGAUACUGGGAAGCAGUGUUAGCUUUAUCCAAAUUAAAUGGAUCGACAGUGAAUUUUCGAUUUGAAAGACAAACUCCGGAAGAUCAAGCGACGUUAGUGAUAGAACAUAAAGGGAAAUCGUUGUUUAUGGGCUCUGCUACUAAACGAGCAAGCAAGAGGGAACAAGCAAGACCAUUGAUGGAGUAUUCUGGACCAAAUGAAACAGGGGAGUAAGAUUUUCAAACGAAUGUAUUUUCACAUAAUGUCUAACAUCUUUUAUUUACGUUAUGGAAAUGAUGGCAACGAACAAUCACGAUUGCUCACCGACUGUAAACAUGACAACGUUUCUGCUUGAAACUUUUGUGAAAUGUCUGUUUAUAACAUCAUUCACGUUUAAGAAAAUAUAACUGAACGAUUAUAUAACUUAUUUGUACAUAAUUUUACUAUUUAAUUUUACUAUUUAAAUAUCUAGCAUAUUUUAAGUAAAAACAUCCGGUUUUUUCUACAGCUUUAUUAAAGAAUGCUAAAGUCCUUACAA